AUGCAGACUAUUUCUCCUCCGAAUUCCUCGCGAGGAUCGCCCUCGCGUCGCGGUCGCUCUCCGCGAACGCCUGCGCAAGGCAGCGCCCCGCGCUCCUCAGACGCCUUGCCGACUGAAUUUUCGAAUAAACAGCCUGCCACAUUCACUUCUUGUCUAUCAAUUCCUGUAGAAGGUGCAGUCCCUAUAGCCUCACAGGAGGAUAUUCUUUCUCCUUCCCAGCCCGGAAUAUCACAGCAGAGCGCAUCCAGUAGCACCAAACGCGCCCCACGCAAAUCCAAGACGCAUGCCCUUGCCGCCUUGCAGAACCACGUCACAUCACUCGAUAAUGAUGAUGCGACACAGCAGGAGUCAACUGACAAUUUUUCGGGAGAUGGCACUCCCAUCUCUGUCUCCCCCACGUUAGACUUAUCCACAGUCAAAACAUCGAGUCCCCGAAUGCAACCCAUGCGCCCUAAACCUCGUCCAUUUGGAUUAGAAGACAGUCCAGUUUUUUACCCGACGUCAGAUGAGUUCAAAGACCCUAUGGCUUACAUCCGCUCCAUCUCAGAAAAGGCGAGCAAUUAUGGCAUCUGCAAGAUCGUUCCUCCCGUAGGUUGGAAAAUGCCAUGUGUCACCGAUAGCGAGACAUUCCGUUUCAAAACUCGGUUACAACGCCUUAACUCUAUCGAGGCCUCUUCUCGUGCAAAGGUUAAUUUUUUGGAGCAACUCUACCGUUUCCAUAAACAACAAGGCAACCCUCGUGUAUCAGUACCCACCAUCAACCACAAGCCCCUAGACCUGUGGUUACUCCGCAAAGAGGUCCAGAAACUCGGCGGCUACGAGGCAGUGACUAAACACAAGAAGUGGGGGGACCUCGGGGCACUCCUCGGUUACCGUGGCAUUCCUGGACUAUCGACGCAGAUCAAAAAUUCUUAUACACGAGUUAUCUUGCCUUAUGAGCAUUUUUGCGACUGUGUUCGGAAUUCACCAACCCUUUCCGCAUCUCCAACUGUAGCCCGCGAUCCGCAGCUGAAGACCCAUAUGAACAUCCAGACUGCCACACAUCCUCUGACAACUCCUCGCGAGCGUGGUUCCCCACCAUCCAGCCCGCUUACUUCUACGUCUAGCCCAUUAUCGGAACCCCCUGAUGACGGUGAAUAUAAGGAACGCGGCGGACCUCGGCCGGAGGGCACCGCUGUGAAGCGCGGACCAAGAGUGGCAUCUCAGGAAAUGACUCCCACGCGGAAAUCUCUGGAGGCCCUCAGUCGGUUAUCUCCGGCAUCGGUUUCACCUCAGCCCGACGACGAGUACAAGCGCACCUUAGAACUGUCAUGCGAAAUUUGUCAGAAGAAGAAUCAGGACGAAAAAAUGUUGUUAUGCGAUGGGUGUGAUUGUGGAUUCCACAUCUUUUGUCUUGACCCCCCUUUGACUGCCAUUCCAAAAGGACAGUGGUUUUGCCACAGCUGUCUCUUUGGCACAGGUGGCGAUUUUGGCUUUGAUGAGGGAGAGGAACACAGUCUCUCGAGUUUCCAGGCGCGCGAUCUUGAGUUCCGUAGAAGGUGGUGGGCAUCUCAUCCUCCACCGUCUCCGUCGGCCGCGGAUCUCAAUGACCCUACGUCGCCGAAUGAGACCGUGGAGAUUGAAUAUGGUGCUGAUGUACAUUCGACUACGCAUGGCAGUGCCAUGCCCACCUUGGAGACACAUCCCCUGGAGCCUGCCUCGAAGGACCCAUGGAAUCUGAACAACAUGCCCAUUCUUCCAGAUUCCCUUCUCAGAUACAUCAAGUCUGAUAUAUCUGGCAUGACCGUCCCUUGGACAUACGUUGGCAUGGUUUUCUCGACAUUUUGUUGGCAUAAUGAGGAUCAUUAUACCUACAGCAUCAAUUUCAUGCAUUGGGGUGAAUCAAAGACCUGGUACGGCAUCCCAGGAGAAGACGCAGAGAAGUUCGAGGCCGCCAUCAAGAGUGAGGCACCUGACCUAUUUGAGGCGCAGUCCGAUCUCCUAUUCCAGCUCGUCACGUUGAUGAAUCCGAAGCGCCUCACUGAUGCUGGAGUCCGCGUGUAUGCGUGCAACCAACGGGCAGGCGAGUUUGUUAUCACGUUCCCGAAAGCAUACCAUGCAGGUUUCAACCACGGGUUCAAUUUCAAUGAGGCCGUCAAUUUCGCGCUCCCAGACUGGUUGCCUUUUGGCCGUGAUUGUGUUCAACGCUAUCGUGAACACAAGAAGUUGCCGGUAUUUUCCCAUGAUGAGCUUCUCGUAACGAUUACGCAACAGUCACAAUCCAUUAAAACUGCGUUAUGGCUGGAGUCGAGUCUGAAGGAAAUGACUGAGCGUGAACUCGCAGCUCGUCAGGUAGCUCGUGACCGUGGCCUUUGCGAGCGCCUUGAGGAAGAGGAUCGCUCCGAAGAUCAAUACCAAUGCACAAUUUGUAAAGCCUUCUGCUACCUCUCGCAGGUCGUCUGUCAUUGCAAGAGCGAAAUUGUCUGCGUAGACCACAUGGAUCAACUUUGCGGCCAUGCACCAGAAGAAUUGACGCUCAGGAAACGUUUCUCUGACGCCGACCUCCGCGAGAUCCUUGGGAAAGUCGUUGAGCGCGCAGCCAUCCCUGGCAAAUGGCGGGCGAAAUUCAACAAGGUGCUUAUGGAAAGUGGCCUUCCGUCGUUACGCUCUCUUCGCGCGCUCCUUGCUGAAGGCGAACGGAUUAAUUAUCACCUUCCUGAACUCGCCGCCCUCCGUAAAUGCGUCAACCGUGGCAAUGAGUGGUUGGAGGCUGCCAAUACAUUCAUCAGCCGCAAGCACGGUCGCAAACUCACGCGCCGUUCUCGCGGUCGCCCGUCUUUGCAUGAAGCGAACAACGCUGCGUUCGAUGACCGUGACCCAGGUGAUAGGCCUGACCGUGGACUCGACGAGGUGUAUGCUCUCCUGGCGGAGGUGCAGACUCUCGGGUUUGAAGCCUCGGAGACAGUAACCCUCCGUACGUUGGCUACACAAGCAGAAGAUAUUCGACGCAAAGCCUCAGCGUUACUCGAUUCUGCCAAUUCAGUAGCCAGCCGUGACACAUUCAUAGCUGAUUGCGAGCGGCUGCUCCUGGGCGCUUCAUCCAUCAACGUGCAACUUGAUGAAGUACUUGAAGUAGAGAAACUUGUGUCUCUGGAGCAACUCAUUAGAGAGCUGGAGGAGAAGGCAGAGGAUCCUUUAGCUACACUGGAAGACAUUCGUGGGCUUUUGACCCGUGCUCGCGCCUGCAGCGUUCCUCUCGAAAACCAGUUCAUACGAACCCUAGAGUCUCGUCAACGAGCUGGGGGUGACUGGGAAGAGCGGGCGAGGCACGUAUUGGACCAACCACACAAGACCAUCGAGGAACUCGACGAGUUCUUUGAGAUAGACUCCACCAUUCCCAUCGAUGUCACAAUCUACGAUCGGCUGAUGUCCGCGCGUAGCAAAGCGAAGGAUUUCGAGAAGCAGGCGAAGGCUUGGAUAUCCCCCGAUGGUCAAGGACCCAAGCCUAGAAUUUCGGAAGUCAUGCGUUUCGUCGGCCGUGCUGAAAAAGAUUUCAGCAUUCCUGCUAUCAGAGACCUGAAGCAGACUGCCGAGUUUGCUUUGGAUCUCGAGAAUAGAUGUGAAUCGAUCCUUCAACAUCGUUACCAGCACGGAGAAGACACAGAUGUCUUUGCGAUGAUGCGGAAGUGGAGAUCCUACGCCCGAGAGCAUCUCACCAUGUUCUCACUGCCCCUCUUUGAGAAGCUGGAUGACCAGCUCACUCGCCAUCAAGAAUGGUUAGAAGAUCUGCCAUGGUAUUGUCCGCAGCAUGAAUGUGCUCAUGGCCGGGAUAUCCUGAAUGAUGUCGAGGAGUCGACGAGACCUGAGGAUGACCAUCCGCCCAAUGACGAGUACUUCACCUGCAUCUGCACCACUCCCGUUCGGCCCCCUCCGCCUGGUGCUCACUCCGAUGCAGUUCAGUGCGAUCAUUGCUUCGCGAGGUUCCAUGGCGUUUGCGCAGCUAACGGUGGUUCAUGCCCUUUCUGUGAUCAUCAUCACUGGAAUGGUGCCAUCCACAAGGAACGCAGCUGGCACUUCUGUUUCUUGCCGACCAUCCUCCUUAAAGCACCUGCGAUAACCAAAAAUUAUUCGGAUGCCUGGAAGCAGUUGGAGAUCAUUGUCCAUCGGAUAGAUCGUUUGUGCACAGUCAUCGGCUCGUUUUUGACGUAUGCUUCCCAAACCGGCAACCAGCGGGUUGAAUACAUCGCUCAGGUGCGCCACUACAUGCGCAAAUUGUAUAAGAUCCAGUUCGCUGUGUCUCCAAGUCGCGAAGUCUCAUACGGCCUCGACCUCGCUGGUCUGCAUCGCAUCCUCGCUGGUCAACCUCCAGCUGUUCGGGUCAAGAAGAGGCGAAGACCGAAGUUCACGUUCGGCCAGGAUGUAGACAAGGAUUGGAUGGAUGGUACGCGCUGCAUAUGCCGCGGCCGCACUUCAUACCUCCUCGAUUAUCCAACCGUUGAAUGCGAGGCUUGCAGAAGACUUUACCACUCCGGCUGUGUCUUCUUUCCUAUAGAGGCCAACGCCAGCGGCAACAGCCGAUUUAUGUGCCCGCUGUGCUGUUUACGCAGGAGCCGCCCAUACAUCUAUUCGGAAGUCCGCGUGAAGCACGUUGAUAACCAAGAUCCAGACACAUAUGUAAACACGAGCGCAAUGCUUGACACCUUCAGCAAGGAUGUUGUCUACACGAAGAUGUUGCCCCCAUACACGCAGACACUGUUCGUGGAACUCAUACGAUUUUCGCCGGGUCAGCCUGAUCUCAUCAACGGCAAUGUACCUUCCCGGAGCGCUCCAGCACUUGCAAUGCCUCAUAGUACUGAACCCGGUCCUUCCACGCACCAUCGACAUUCGCAUAUUCACAGCGCUCCCAUACCACUCCCCACGCCACCGACCCCUGUUUAUGAGCUUGCAAGGCAGCCGUCAACGAAUGGACAUCAUGUCCCACCUCCCCCGCCCUGGCAAUCCCGCUCGCAGUCACCACACUCGAACAAGAAGCGAAAGUAUGCAGAUGACAGUCCACAGGACAACCCAGAGCCGAGAUCACCCAAGCAACGGCGUCUUCCUCAAACCCCCGUUCUUCCCUCCACCAGCGUUGGAGCUCGUACGAUGCAACAGGCGCUUUCGCCCUCGCUGGCGAUGAUUGUAUCACCGGUUGACACUGAGCCUUCCCCUCGGCGAGCGCCUUCGAUCCCUCCCCCUUAUGCUAGACCCCCAUCCUCCUUGUCUCUUAACUCGAUCAAUGGAGAAUGCUCUUCUGUCAAAUCAGUAAAGCUGUUGGUUGGAACUCACAAGUAGACCUUUGUAGUGUUACAUUCGUUCUUGCGUCAUUUGCGAAUUUUUGUUUUGGUUCUAUGUACCAGUAGUCAUUAUUAUUGACCCUAGCUGCAAUUGUUCUCACCUCUACCUAGCAUGCUUUCUAUGGAGUUGAUGUACGUACGUGAAUUUAGCUAUAUGAAUGGGAAAAGAAGCUAUGUUGUGAAUGGGAAGUUGAGGCCGAUCCUUGAGUUCUCCCGCGAACUCGAUGGAAGUCUAGCCGCAAAUCGUGAUGACGAGAUCGGGAGUAUAAAUUACAAAUUAAGCGAACCAGAAAGCCGAAAACCCAGACAGACAUAAUUAAAAAAAAUAACGAAUCGACCGUUUCAAACGCGUUCAUCGUUUGACCAUGAGUUUAUAUGUGGUGUACCCGCCAAUAAUGCCG